AUGGCCGAAGCUACAGGUCGACCGCGCGUCUUCUUUGACAUUGAGAUUGGAAAUAAGCCUGAGGGUCGCAUUGUCUUCGAGCUGUUCGACGAUGUCGUCCCUAAAACUGCAGAAAACUUCCGCGCCCUCUGUACUGGCGAGAAGGGCGAGGGGAAGUCGGGGAAACAGCUCAGCUACAAGGGCUCCAUCUUCCACCGCAUCAUCAAACAAUUCAUGAUCCAGGGUGGUGAUUUCACUGCAUUCAACGGCACAGGCGGCGAAUCAAUCUACGGCGAGAAGUUCGACGACGAAAACUUCGAUCUGAAACAUGAUCGCCCUUUCCUAUUGUCUAUGGCCAAUUCCGGCCCGGGAACCAACGGCAGCCAGUUCUUCAUCACCACCGUCCCAACCCCGCAUCUCGAUGGGAAACACGUCGUCUUUGGUGAAGUCAUCACUGGCAAGGGGCUCGUGCGCAAAAUCGAGAAGUCCCCGACAGACACGAGCGAUAAGCCACACAAGGAGGUUAAAGUGGUGGACUGUGGUCAGCUCUCUGGUGACAGCUAUGAAGCUGCGAAGGAGGUAUCUGUCGAUGAAACCGGUGAUAAAUACGAGGAUUACCCAGAGGAUGCCGGGGAGACACUUUCCGGCGCGGAAUAUUACAAGAUCGCAUCUGAGGUGAAGGAAUUUGGCAAUAAGGCGUUUAAGUCAGGAAACCUCGAUCUAGGUCUUGAAAAAUACCAAAAGGCCCUCCGCUACCUGAACGAGUGCCCGGAGCCCUCCGACUCCGAUCCGCCAGAGCUACAGGGCCAAAUGUCCGUCCUGCGCUUCACGUUACAUUCCAACUCGGCGCUGUUGGCGAAUAAAUUGAAGCGCUUUGACGAUGCGCAGAGCUGGGCUGGGUUCGCGCUGGAGACGGCCACGGCCGCGCAGGCGAAGGAUACGGAUCGGGCGAAGGCGUAUUAUCGACGUGCGGUAGCGCUUGUGGGGCUUAAGGAUGAUGAGGCUGCGUUGAAGGAUUUGGUGGAGGCGAGUCGGCUGGCGCCUGGGGAUGCGGCGGUUGUGAGUGAGACGGCUAGGGUUAAGAAGUCUAUUGCUGAGCAGCAGAGGAAGGAAAAGGAGAUGCUUAAGAAGUUCUUCCAAUGA